AUGCCCGGCCUCGAAAUCACCCCCAUGCAGGCCGAUGACACCAGAGUCCUCGGCCAGGAUCCCUUGAUCCCUCCUGCCCUCCUCGCUUCCGAGAUCCCCAUGACCCAGCCUGCCCUUGAGACCGUCGUCAACGGUCGUCGGGACGCUGCCGCCAUUAUCCAGGGCGAGGAUGACCGUCUCCUCGUCAUUGUUGGGCCCUGCUCCGUUCACGACCCUGCUACUGCCCUCGAGUACUGCGAACGCCUCAAGGCGCUGGCCUCCAAGCUUUCCGAUGACCUGUGCAUCGUCAUGCGCGCCUACCUCGAGAAGCCCCGCACCACCGUCGGCUGGAAGGGGUUGAUCAACGACCCUGAUAUCGACCAGACCUUCAAGAUUAACAAGGGCCUCCGCUUCCUUGCCGACUUCAUUUCCGUCGGCGCCAUUGGUGCCCGCACCACCGAGUCCCAGCUUCACCGUGAGCUGGCCUCUGGUCUCUCCUUCCCCGUCGGCUUCAAGAACGGAACUGACGGAAACCUCGGCGUUGCUAUUGACGCCAUUGGUGCCGCCGCUGCUUGCCACCACUUCAUGGGUGUGACCAAGCAGGGCCUCGCUGCCAUUACCCGCACCAAGGGUAACGAGCACGGUUUCGUCAUUCUCCGUGGAGGAACCAAGGGUCCCAACUUUGACAAGGAAAACGUCCAGGCUGCCAAGGCUGCCCUCAUCAAGAAGAACGAGAAGACUGCCAUUAUGGUUGACUGCUCUCAUGGCAACUCCAACAAGGACCACCGCAACCAGCCCAAGGUCGCUUCCGUCGUCGCCGAGCAGCUUCGUGAGGGAGAGACGUGCAUCAUUGGUGUCAUGAUCGAGUCCAACAUCAACGAAGGCAACCAGAAGGUCCCCGCUGAAGGCCCUGCCGCCCUUCAAAAGGGUGUCUCCAUCACUGAUGCUUGCAUCAACUGGGAGAGCACCGUCACUACCCUUGAGGAGCUCGCCGAGGCCAUUCGCACCCGCCGCACCGUGAAUGCCGCCAACGGCAACUAG